GUGCCUGCUGCAGUCAUUAAAGACUCGCGUCGUUUCAAAGAGAAUAAGAACAACAAACGUCAUAAGUUAAAAAAACAAAACAAAAAAAAAAACCGGUCGAGCACCCCGGGUUGUAUUUGAGUUUUUAUUUAAAUAGUGUCGGGCAUCCGCUGACAAGGCGUGGACGAUAAAACAGACAAAAAAAAACAGCUACUAAACAGAAUCCUGUGUGCUGCUGUGGACCGUGUGAAGAUGGAAUCUGUCCAGAUUAAAGAGGAGUUUCCUGAACUUGAACCUGUCCCCAUUAGAGUGGAGUUCUCUGGGCUGGCUUCCCUCCCCAUUAAACAGGAGCAAUGUGAGAUGCAAUGUGACAGCAGUCAGACGGAGGUCUUUGAGAUUAAAGCUGAGCACAAUGAAUUGGAGAUCCCCCAGACAGAAGAACCCCUUCCUGUUAAACAAGAAUUGGUGCUGGAAACUGUCUGUAUUAAACAGGAGCCCCCUGAAGUAGAGUUUGACCACAUGGAACCAGUGAAGGAAGAAUAUGAGGACUUCAAACCAAACAUCCCUGAGCUGGAGCCUAUAUGCCUGCGGGAGUGUAGCGUAGUGCUGGAGAGAAUCUGUGUGAGAGAGCAAGGCGCUGGAGAGGAAAGCUCUCCCAACAGCACGCAAGGAGAUGGAAAGGAAGAUGAACGGCAACGUUCAGAAUGCAGUCUAGCAGGUUCCAGUCCAGCAGGUAAAGCGAGGCCGGGCGGUGGAGCAUAUCCUGACUGUGGGAAAGGGUUCACCCAGUUAGGACAUUUAAAAAUACACCAACAAACUCAUACAGGAAAAAAACAGUAUUGCUGCUCUGACUGUGGGAAGAGUUUCAGUUAUUCAGGACAUCUGAAAACACACCAGCGAAUUCAUACAGGAGAGAAACCGUAUCUCUGCACUGACUGUGGGAAGAGUUUCAAUGUGUUACAAAACCUGAAAACACACAAGCGAAUUCAUACAGGAGAUAAACCGUACCACUGCUCUGACUGUGGCAAGAGCUUCAGUGUGUUACAAAACCUGAAAACACACCAGCGAAUUCACACUGGAGAUAAACCGUACCACUGCUCUGACUGUGGCAAGAGCUUCAGUGUGUUACAAAACCUGAAAACACACCAGCGAAUUCAUGCAGGAGAUAAACCGUGUCACUGUUCUGACUGUGGGAAGAGUUUCAGUCAGUCAGCACACCUGAAAACACACCAGCGAAUUCACACUGGAGAGAAACCGUAUCCCUGCACUGACUGUGGGGAGAGUUUCAGUGUGUUACAAAACCUGAAAACACACCAGCGAAUUCACACAGGAGACAAACCGUGUCACUGUUCUGACUGCGGGAAGAGUUUCAGUCAAUCAGCACACCUGAAAAAACACCAGCGAAUUCAUGCAAGCAAGAAACCAUAUCAGCUCUGACUGUGGGAAGAGUUUCACUCUGUAGGGAAAUAAAUUUGGCAAUUUUUUUUUUUUUUUUUUUUUUUUUUUUUUAUCAAAUACUUUGUAUGUUAAAAGAAAUAAUGUUAAUACAGUCGUAUAAACACUAGAUACAAGCAAAGACGCUCAGGUCACAGCAUGCCCUAAUGUAUACGUUUGUAUCAUAACAGACAUCCGUAGUCAAAUCAAAGAAUUGACUGACCAUUCAAACAAAAACAUUACACUAAAUACUGUGAAUAUAUUAGCAUUUCCACU